AUGUUCACCGUUUAUGACCUCGACGACCUAAACGUACUACCAUUCUCGGACGUUGAACUUUCCUUGGAGCUUCCUCCUCAACGUCAAUGGGACAGUUCGGCUGUCAACUAUGUGGCCAUCCAUUGCUGGAAGGAACAUAGGUCCAAGCAACAGAGUGCAUCGCUAUCUCUGCUCCCCCAAACAAACCUUGAUGUCAUGUUUGAGGUUUUCGGCCAUCUCCAUCCCUUCGACCUCGUUCAUCUUUCGCGCGUCAAUAAAACUUUCCGCCAGCUACUCUUGUGUCCAACGAGUGAUGUCGUUUGGCGGAAUGUAUUCCGAGUUGGAGUUCUACCUCCUUGUCCACCUCAAGUCUCCGGAAGACGCUGGGCCAAACUACUCUUUGGUCGGCAACUGUGUGAUGAAUGCAUGACUCCCAAUACCCUCCCUGACUUCAUCCUAUGCCGACGUUUAUGCACAGAAUGUAUGAACAAGUGCUUGUCCAACGAAAUGUCUACUCACCUAAUCAAUGAUUUGCUUCUCAAGACUAACGUUGGGCGGUUCUGGCCAUCUGAAGCCGAGGCGGUGGCAAUGGACUACGAGCGACUGCGGGAGGCCGACCAAAGGAAACCAGAUGGUUAUGAUUCAUUGCUCGAGCCGUUUGUUGAGAGAAGAAAGAAAUUCCUUCGAGACAGAGAAGAGGCCGCAAACACAGCAGUAGAGUGGACCCAAGAAAUAACUGGCCUACACAGGACUAUUGCCGCCAAACAACAUCGGAGGGUUGUAGCAAGAGUUGGAAAGCAUCUUCUCAGAGAAGGGUACAAACAAGCAGACAUAGCCGAACUUGACGAGUAUGCAGAGCUAGAGAUGAUUCAAGUCCUCACUCCCAAACGAUGGCGCCGAAUACGACCCAUAAUCAUUCCACACGUAGAGAAUCUCCGGGUUCUGCGCUUGGAGAGAGAGCGGAAGGACUUGAUCACGGCCCGCACCUCCGUUGCUCUCACCGCGGUUUCCAAGGUUUUCCGUACUGCACCAGCGCAAUGCUGGGCAUAUUUCCCUCCGAAUUAUACCCUCGAAACCUUUACUCCCCUCCAAGAACUUCUCCACAAUCCCUCCACCAAUCCAUUGACACCUGAUGAUCCCCGCCUUGUCGACAGCCUUUUGGAGCUCCCUGCAUUCGUUGCAGCAUGGCGCCAGGAAAAGCGCGAGCUCCUUGCUUCUGUCCUUCCUCCCCCCAGCUCAUCACAAUGUCCCACCGGUGUCGAGCGGCUUGAACUCGCAACAAGCGUGUUCACAUGCAAGGGCUCUUGGAUCAGCAACACUUCAGUUGCCGCGGGAAGGGCUUUAAUUGGCUGGGACGGGGCUGGGGCACAUCUGCGAUGCCAGAGUCUCCAACGUUUUUGGGAUCAUCGGGUCCACUAUGCCGAAGACGGAGCAGCAGCGGUCCGUGAACUCGUGACGCUUGUUGGCCUCGACCCCGAGACAACAACUGCCAGGGAGAUGGACACAAUAUGUGGAACCGGGAGUCCCGUCUCAGCGCGGAUGCUCAAUGAGUCAGAGAAGCGAUUCGUCUGUGCGAUUUGUCCUCUCGAAACAUCGAAAGGCAUCACGGGCAGGCGAGCUAUGCGUUGGCGCGAAUGUGUUCUGCACACCAUCGAACGAAUCCGUCUCCAGCAGGACCCCGCUCACCAAGCAACACCCCCUGCCUGGAUGUUAUUGACCGACAAAGCGAUGCAAGAUGUUUACCGACGGGAGUCGCCAGACCCAUUCGUGAAUGACUCGGCCUGGAUAUGCGCACUCUGUCCGGAACACUACAAAUAUCGCACAACGCGCAAAUGGGUGUUGGAUCACCUAAAGAAAACCCAUUCUAUCCGCCGACCAGUUGAACAGACGCAUUACUUGUACUAUGCCGGUCUCGAGCGGACUUCGCGGCCAUACGAGCUCGUUUCUCAGGCACCUCCACAAGAGGAUGGGUCCGUCAAUGUUCUGCAUGCGAAUCUGCGUUCGCGUCAUGUCAUUGAUAAACAUGGUAUUGCUGAGCCAAGUGAGGCUGGUGGGGAUUGGUCUACGGUGGAGUUGAUUUUGCGAGCGACUCCAAUGAUAUGA